AAUCUGUUAUUCAGGAUGUUCAGGUCGUGUCAGCGCCGACGGAGGACGAGCGCAGGCCUGGGAGUGGACGGCAGGCGGAGCACCAGCGGCGGGGCGGAUCUAGCGGUCGAGCAGAGGAGAUGGAUUGGGAGGGGAGGGCCGCCUUCACAUCCGCGUGGGUGCUCCCUGUCGAUCACCCCCUAGUGCGCCGGGUUCGGCCUGCGACCACCGAGGCUCGAGCUGCUGCGCUCCGAGAUCUCCUGGUGCUUUGGAGCAGCCGCGGGGCAGAGACACCAAGGUCUAGACCUCCACAACCAUACGCCGUGGCUGAAGCUCCUUUUGUUGACAUGCAAUUUCGAGAUGUUCUCGUGGAGCUUCAUAUCUAUAUUGGUGAAGGCAGGGCAGAAGGCAUUGGAUUUAAGCUGUCUGUACCAAUAAACCCCAAAUGAUAAGUCUUCUUUGAGGAGAUUCCCUUGAGCUUUCUAAUAUUCUUUCUCACUCAGAUAAUGAUAAACAAAGGAAACAGCUUGAUGCAGUCAAAUUUAUCCAAGCUCUUUAUUUAGCGCACAAAUAUCAAUCUGUUACGAACACUACGUAUGCAAGACCAUAUGAACAGUUGUUUCUUAAAAUGCUUUGGCAAGAUGCGGGUUACGCAAAAGAGCCUACAUUACUCGGAGCAUUGCAGGAGUUCAUGAAAGAAGAUAAGCUAUAAGAAGUGCCUAUUUUGGAAGAAAAACUUCACAACCAAAUGGCACAGUUGGAUCUGCAAAGUGGAGAGAAAAAGCAAAGCAAUCAGCGCUGCAGCUGCUCAUGAUGUUAGUAAGAACAUUCUCGACUUUCAGCAAGUGUUACGGCCAUUCGGUUGUUUUUCCGAGAAAAAGGUACAGCCACUCGGUUGGAACAUUGAGUCAUCAGCUCAUGUCAAGGCAGAGCAUCACUAGAGUAAGAGUUCCAAAUCUGAACCAAGUUUCGGCUUCAAGCCAUAACAUACUUUCAGGUAUUGGUAUCGCUGUCAAUCCAUCGCUACUUCUGCCUGGAACCAGUGCCCUGUUGGCACCCAGAAUCAGGCCCUGGUUGCAACAUGUGUUCAAACUCAAUACAGUGGCAAGUGAUUUGAAUGGACCAAGUGAGAGCACAUGUUCAAGGUUAAA